GUCCCCAGAGCCGAGCCUCUCGCUGGGACCUCGGUCGAUACACAGACAGACAGUCGAACACCGCGAGCUUCGAUUUUGCAGAGCUCGAUAAAUUCUGCUGCGGAGCCGCGCGCGUAGAAAAGGCUCCCCCGCCUUAUUGCUUCUCCUUCUUGAAUUCGUGGUUCGUCGAUGCGUGCCUCGCCCUCGCUUUCUUCUUCUUCGUCUUCGUCUUCUUUCUUCUUCGUGGUCCAAUCCGCGGAAUAGGAUUGGAGGCUGGCUUUCGAGGGAGGAGCUCUGCUGCAAGUUGGGCGAUCCGUGCUCGCCUCGUUCGGUGGGAGAAGAGGGCGGAGAAAGAGCACUGGCCCGAUUGUGGAGUUGCGGAGUUGACAGUCCCGCCGCUGCAAGAGGUCAAAAUCGGUUAAGAGGGCUACUCGUGCUCGUGCUUUUUGGCGUUACUCGGGCGUAGGUCUUUUUGUUCGCUUCUGAUAUCUCCGGGCUCGACGUCCGAACGUGGAGCUCUCGUUUGGAGCUGCGUUGCUUUGCUUUGCUGCUGCCCGCUGCAGCUCUGUCCGAUUCGGCCUCGCGGGCUUUUGGGCUGAGCUUCACCGCGCCGUUAUAGCGAGGCGGCCUGUGGUAUACGGAAGGUGUCAUUCAUUUCUCGGUGAGGGUCUUGGAGGGGGCUGCAUUCUUCCGUCUCUGCGCGCAGUGACUGCGGACUGGGCGGCUCGUCUUUCGCAGUGUGCUGUCGAAUCAUGUAACCGCGGUCCUCAAUUGCGACGGCUUCCCGUUUUGGAGAGCUUCACUGGCAGCACCUUGAACUGCAGGAUUUCUGACCAAAGAUCAGAUCAGUCGAGCCAGCACUAUUGGUACUUCUUGUGCUCCCAGAAUUCUCUUGGCGAUUCUGCAGCCGCGGAAGGAUGGGGAGCGGCCGAGAUAUUGGAGUCCGCGCUCCUCAGUUUCGGCGGGUCAAGAAAAUUAACAUUCGAUUCAGAAUCCCGUAUUACACUCAGUGGGGUCAAAAUCUUCUGAUAUCUGGCUCCGACGCUUUGUUAGGGAACUGGACUGUCGCACAGGGCCAGUGGAUGACUCCUCGCCACGAAGGUGAAAGUCUAGUCUGGCAGGCGCUAAUUUCGGUACCUGAUCAUUUCGAAACUCAAUACAACUACUGUCUUGUCGAUGACAAGUUCAAUGUGAUAAAGUGGGAGGCGGGAAGUCGUCGCUUUUUGGCUUUACCUCAAGGAAUCGAAGAUGGAGCUACUGUUGAUGUGCACGAUAGUUGGCAGGUUGGGACUUCACCCGAAAUUCUUAUGACAAGAAGUGCAUUCAAAAAAGUACUAUUUGGUAAAGGCAAUGACCACGAAGGCAAGGAGAUUACCGUGGAGACGUCGCCCUUCGUAUCCGAAAUCAACGUGCAAGAUUCAGUAGCUGUUCGUUUCAAGGUCAACUGCUCACGAUUGGAAAGCGGACAAACGGUCUGUGUGCUCGGAAGUGCAUCAUCUCUGGGAAAGUGGGAUAAUGAAGCUGCGGUUCCACUUUACCGUGUCGGAGGGUCUCUCUGGCAGGCGGAGGUCAUGAUCAAGAGGGCUGACUUUUCUCUUCGAUACAAGUACAUACUUCGAAAUAGAGCCGGUGACGUAGUGCCUGAACUUGGAGCAGACAGAGAAUUGAGUCUUGAUACUUCCGCCAGAAUGCCGUCAACGCUGAUCGUAGUCUCCGAUGGUUUUUUCAGGGCAAGACCUUGGAGAGGAGCAGGUAUUGCGGUGCCUGUGUUUUCACUGAGGACAUUGGAUGAUGUAGGUUCCGGAGAAUACCUUGACUUGAAGUUGAUGAUAGAUUUAGCUGUGAAGUCUGGAAUGAGACUUGUACAGCUAUUGCCUAUCAACGACACAUCUGUGAACGGAAUGUGGUGGGAUUCGUACCCGUACAGUUCACUGUCCGUUUUUGCGCUUCACCCACUAUAUCUGAGAUUGCAAGCUCUAUCGAAAAAUUUACCACAGGAUAUCAAGGAGGAAAUAGAAGAAAUUAGACAACAACUCGAUCUGAAAGAAGUUGAUUAUGAAGCUACUCUAGCAGCCAAGCUAGCGAUCACGAAGAAAGUUUUCCUACUUGAAAGAGACGAAGUAUUCAGCUCACCCGCAUUUCAGCAGUACUUUGAGGAGAAUCAGGGAUGGUUGAAACCAUACUCCGCCUUCUGCUUCUUGAGAGAUUUAUUCGGAACAUCAGAUCAUUCACAAUGGGGUCGAUUUGCAGUUUUUUCUAAUGAGAAGCUCGAACGUCUUACUGCACCUACUAGCCAUCACUACUCGGCAAUUGCCUUCAAUUACUACCUCCAAUAUCACCUGCAUACACAGAUGGUGGAAGUCGCGGAGUACGCUCGCAUGAACAGGGUAGUGUUGAAAGGUGACUUGCCCAUUGGAGUGGACAGAAACAGUGUGGACACAUGGGUCGCUCCCACGCUUUUCCGAAUGAAUGCUUCUACCGGCGCUCCUCCUGAUUACUUCGACAGAAAUGGGCAAAAUUGGGGUUUCCCCACCUAUAAUUGGGAGGAAAUGGCUAAAGACAACUACGGCUGGUGGAGGGCUAGACUUACUCAGAUGGCGAAAUAUUUCAGUGCCUACCGUAUUGAUCAUAUCCUAGGGUUUUUCCGCAUCUGGGAGCUGCCAGAUCACGCCGUGACUGGAUUGAUGGGUCGUUUCCGACCCUCUAUCCCAAUAUCUGCGGAGGAGUUGGAGUGCGAAGGUAUAUGGGACUUCAACCGAUUGAGCGAACCAUAUGUCCGGUGCCACCUGCUCAUGGAGAAGUUUGGUAACAGAUGGAUUGAAAUUGCAAACAAGUACUUUGACGAAACUCAACACUUGUGCUACCAAUUCAAGGAAGAAUUCAAUACUGAGAAGAAGAUUGCUUCAUCAAUCCAGCUGAGAGAAGAUUCACCUCAGUGGUUGAUUCAAGAAGCUGAAGAAACACGGAAAGGACUUUUUGAUCUCCUUCAUGAAGCCGUACUCAUAAGGGAUUCAGAAAAUCCGAGAAUGUUUUAUCCCAGGUUUGCCCUGGAGGAUACCGCCAGCUUCCAUGAGCUAGACGAUCACAGCAAGGAAGUGUUGAAGAGUAAAUACUAUGACUACUUCUUCCAAAGACAAGAAAAGCUGUGGACAGAUAAUGCAUUGAAAACUCUGCCCGUGUUGAUGAACUCCUCGGAUAUGCUGGCAUGCGGGGAAGACCUUGGCAUGGUACCAGCAUGCGUUGCACCGGUCCUUGAGGAGCUGGGGUUGUUAGGUCUUCGCAUCCAACGGAUGCCGAGUGAACCUGGCCAAGAAUUUGGUAUUCCAGCUGAAUACGACUACAUGACGGUUUGCGCCGCCUCUUGUCAUGACUGUUCCACAUUGCGUGCUUGGUGGGAGGAAGAUGAAGGUAGACGUGCUCGUUACUUCAAAAAUGUACUGAGCUAUAGCGACACACCGCCAGCCAACUGUGAUACCCGUGUUGCUCACAGCAUUCUACAGCAACAUUUGGACUCUCCUUCCGUUUGGUCUAUCUUUCCGAUUCAGGAUUUCAUGGCCUUGAAAGAAGAAUAUACCAAGAGGCCAGCUAAGGAAGAGACAAUCAACGACCCGACAAACCCAAAGCAUUACUGGCGUUUUAGACUACAUGUGACCAUGGAGGAGAUUCUUCAGGACCUUGACUUAAUUGCGAUUAUACGUGAGAUGAACGUAACCAGUGGGCGUGCUAUUCUUACCGAGCUGCCGGAGUUGGCCAGCAGCCCUGGUUCAGACAUGCCGAACGGAGAAAUUAAAGUCCAGAAAACUUCGAGUACAAAAAGCCAAGGGAAUGGAGUAAUCGCAAAUUCUUGUCGCUCUCCCGAAAACUUGAAGAGUUUAAUAAACGGAGAAGUGAAAACAGAUAAACUUGAAAUUAGAGAAGGAGUUGUUUAACUCUAAACAGUCAAUAUCACCUCUCAAGAAGAAAAUAGUUUAGGUCUGGGCUAGAUAUCGAGAUCAUGUCAUAAUAGUCGCGUGGACACCCUGAGCGAAACUAGAGUAGGUAGGUUCUUUCUGGCUAAGCAUAGCCGGUGGGUUUCAACCACAUGCCAAUUUUUUUUACGACAGGAGCUAAUAAUCGAAGGGUUAGACGAAGCCUUCCCAUUGGGUGUACCAUUACAUCGCAGAUUUUCCCCUCUUGUAAGUCUGCAUGUAUCCCAAAUAGAAUGUAAUUUAUA